UUUUAGAAAAAAAAUGGGCAAAUGAUUUAAUGUCGAUAAAAAUAAUAAAAACUAAAACCGAUUUUUGUGUCAAAACAAUAAAAAAUUGCAUUUAUAUUAGUGUAAUAAUAUAAAAAUCAAGUGCCUUAUAAUUUAGAUUCUACGCGAUCUAAUAAAUAUGCACGCAUGUCGACAGUUAAUUUACAAUCCAGGUCGCUGGAAGUGUGCAGUGCAGAUAAAUUUAAAAGCUCCAGUACUUACAAGCAAACCUGAGCAGUCAACAUUACUAGAAUGUCGCCAUUACUCAGCACGGAAAGGCUUUUUCUCAUCCAUCAUAGAAAAUAUAAAAGACGAGAUGGCAAAGAACAAAGACAUGAAGGAAAACAUCAAGAAGUUCAGAGAAGAAGCCGAGAAACUAGAGAAUUCAGAGGCUUUGCAGGCAGCGAGAAAAAAGUUCCAUGCAGUUGAGUCUGAGGCCUCCAAGGGGUCAGAGGUGCUGAAGGAAACCUAUGAGGGUAUCAAGGGUAAAGUGGGUCAUGUGCUGGAGGAGGCUAGCAAAUCUGAGAUUGCCAAAAAAGCAGGAAAAAUAACAGAAGACUUGUCAAAGAGUGCCAAAGUCGCAGCAGAGAGUUUUGCAGAUAAAAGUACCAAACUUGGACAGACUUCAGCCUUCAAAACUAUUUCACAAGCCACAGAAGUUGUGAAACAGGAAAUAUCCCACCGAGGCCUGGAAGGCAGAGUGUACACAUCACCAGCAGCGUUACGGAAACGAGUUGAGGUAGCGGAAGACGAGCGCACCUUCGCCCCGGACACGGAGACGUUGGGUGUGGAGCUGCACAAAGAUUCCAAGUUCUACCAACAGUGGGAGGAGUUCAAGAACAACAAUCAGUAUGUCAACAAGGUACUAGAUUGGAAAAUAAAAUACGAGGAAUCAGACAACCCUGUGUUCAGAGCAUCUAGAUUUUUCACAGAAAAAGUUGGCAGCGUAUUCGGCAACCUAUUCGAGAAGACAGAACUGUCCAAAACCGUCACGGAAAUAUGUAAGAUCGACCCAAACUUUACCUCGCAGAAGUUCCUCGAAGAUUGUGCGAAUGAUAUAAUUCCGAACAUUCUGGAAGCGAUGGUGCGAGGCGAUAUGGACAUAUUGAAGGACUGGUGCUACGAAGGUGUUUUCAACAUCUUAUCAACUCCAAUGAAACAGUGCAAGCAGCUAGGUUACAGACUCGAUUCAAAGAUAUUGGAUAUAGAAAAUAUUGAGCUAGUUAUGGGAAAGAUGAUGGACCAGGGUCCCGUGCUAGUCAUAACGUUCCAAUCCCAGCAAAUUAUGUGUGUGAGAGAUGCGAAGAACAACGUUAUAGAGGGUGAUCCAAAUAAAGUGAUGCGAGUCAACUACGUUUGGGUUCUGUGCAGAGACCCGCAGGAGUUGAACCCCAAAGCCGCGUGGAGGUUGUUGGAGCUGUCUGCGAAUAGUGUGGAACAGUUGAUAUAGGUGAACUGUGUAGUUGUAUAGAAUAAAUAAAUCGUUUCCUUGUUAAA